UCGAAAUCAAUCCACGAAAAGAAUAAGAUCUACAAAUUGCAGCUGGGUUAUGCCAAAGUAGACAACAAGGAGUAGAAGAAUGGGCAGAAUUAUACGUGGAAAUUCUUGGUAACUUUGUCACUCGGAAUGAUACCAAAUUUAACCUCGAUAUCGCCGAGAAUACUCGAGAUGACAGCAUCUCGCUUAAAUAUAGCUGUGGCCACAAUGGGUUUCCUUCCUAUUACCGUGGUAGCUGUAAGUUCCCAACCGCCUUGUGUAUAUCCAAGUGUGCACGUCUCGGAUCACGACCCUGACUACAAUGCGCGUCCGCAGACAAUCUCUGGGAGUAACGCGCUGGACUUCGUAAAACAGGAAAUCGGAGGCGGCGUAAGUGCGUGGAGGCACUGGUGGGUCUUCCUACUUGUCGCUAUCGUCUUAACUGUUGCAGUAUCUGGCUAUCUUUUAUAUCAGGAGAUAUAGGGGAUAUUUGAGGUAUUCAAGCGACUGAAGCCAAUUGAUACUGAAAAGGGUAACAAUAAGAACGAACAAGGAAGAACGCUAAUUCGC